AUUAAAAUUGAAUUUUGUUUUAAAAUGGUGAAAGUUCAUAAGAAAAAACUAAAAAUUAAGUCUUUUCCAAUAAAGCUAACACGCAAAGAAAUUCGUAAACAGAAAAAGAUAGAGAAAAAAGAAAACAAACGUUUAUUUUUUUCCAACAAUGAACCUGAAAUAGCGAGGAAAAUAUUGUUGGUAAAUGGUAAACAGCAGCGAGAUAACAAAAAGCAAGCGAAAACGAAGGCUGCAGAAAGUCUAGCUAUGAAAGCUAAUUUCGAGAGAGUAGACUUGCCCACCGAUGAAAUUUUGAAUUCAGAUUUUUCCAACGGAGAAGCUCAUUCUCGUUGGUCCCAUGUUGCGAAACAGAGCCAAGACGAAAAGGACUUACACCGGAAAAAACCGAAGGCUUCUACAGUAGGUCGCCUCGACAUCGAAGAGCAACAUCGUAGGGAAUUGAAAAGGAAAAGCAAUUUAGAAUCCGAGGCUCGCAAAAGACGUAUCAAGCAAUUGAAAUUGGAAAAUGAGGAAGAAGAUAAACUGAUAACUAAGCUUGAAAAGAAGUUGAAAUUAAAUAAAACUAAAUGCAAGAAACGGUUAGUGCGUAAAAUAUUUAGCGACGGCUUAGAUUUCGCUUUAGAAUUGUGUUUCGACGAUGAGGAUGAACAAAGCAAGAAGCCCCGAGCAUCUCAAGAUACAAACAAAAGUAAACUAUUCACAGAGCGUAGCUGGAGUGAUGAGGAGCAAGAUGAAGAACGUUUUAACACCACAUUCGGUAAUGCCGAUGACGUUGGAAGUGAACGCUAUAAUAACUGCGUGGGUAACGAAGCUGAAGAAAGUGAUAGCUGCUGCGAUAUAUACACUUGCAAAGAUGAAGAAGAAUUAGAAGAGAAACAUCAAGAAGAUAUCUAUGGCCGCAAACGUGACAAGGAUGGGAAUAUAAUAAAAGAUUUACAGCAAAAUGCGCGAAAGUAUAUACCACCGCAUCAGAGAGGUACUACGUCAGCCAAGAUAGAUAAAAAAGAAUCAGAAUUAUUGGAUGGUUUGCAUCGUCAAUGCAAAGGUUUAUUAAAUCGUUUAUCGGAAACUAAUCUUUAUAAAAUAUCUGUGGCUUUCGAAAAGUUGUACAUGAACAACUCUCGUUCCCACAUGAAUGAAACGUUAAACAAAUUAUUGCAAAGCGUCCUAAUCGGUCGAGUGCUAUCUAAUGAGAGAUUGGUUCAAGAACACAUGGUUCUCUUAGCAUAUUUGCAUGCACACAUUGGCAGUGAAGUUGGUGCAUACUUUCUGCAAAUAUUUAUCGAAAAAUUUGACCAGCUACUUAAGGAAUCGGAUGACUUCAGCAUCGAAGAUAAGCGCCUUAAUAAUAUAUUGUUGAUUUUAAGUUAUAUGUACGUCUUAAAGAUUUUUGAGUAUAACUUGUUCUUGCAAAUUAUAGAGAGAUUAUCAGGUCAAUUAAGCGAAAAAACAAUUGAAUGUUUGCUGUUAAUCUUUCAGUCAGUUGGAUUUAAAUUACGCAAAGACGAUCCAUCGGCCUUCAAACAGAUGAUGUUAGAUGUGCGAUCAAAAAUUUCCGCAGCUCCUUUGGAAUUAAAGGAAAAUCUACGCCUUAAGUUUAUGGUUGAUAUUCUUAAUGCAGUAAAAAAUAAUAACGUGAGAAAAAUACCUAAAUUUGAUCCAGAAAUGCAUGAAAAUCUUCGCAAGAAACUAAAGGCUAUGUUAAGAAAUGACAAAUACGUAACCACUUUAAAUAUUGCCUUAGAUGAUUUAUUAAAAGCCAACAGCGUUGGAAAAUGGUGGAUUGUCGGCUCGGCUUGGUCAAACGAUAUCAAUGAAAUAUCAAACGUCGAAAAAAGCAAGGCUAAUGAUAUGAGGAAGGAUAGUAACGGCAAGGAAAGAUUUUCAGAGAAACUUUUAGCUUUAGCCAAGCAGCAGAAAAUGAAUACAGAAGAAAGACGUAACAUAUUUUGCAUAAUAAUGAGCGCUGACGACUGUAUGGAUGCUUUCGAGAUUUUACGUUUGUCCAUUAAGGAUCAAAGAUCAAUCGCUUAUGUUAUCAUACAUUGCUGCCUAAAUGAAAAAUCAUCUAAUCCUUAUUAUGCUCACUUAGCUUUGAAAUUCUGCCUCUACGAUCGUAAAUAUCAGUUAGCUUUCCAAUUCGCAUCUUGGGAUCGUAUAAGUGAUAUUGAUGCUUUGAAUACAGCCCAAUUACGCAAUUUGGCCCAAUUUUUGCAGCAUCUUAUACUACACGGUGGGCUGCAGUUAUCAACAUUGAAAGUGAUAGACUUUUUACAAUUGAAUAAACGAAACUUUGUAUUAAUGAGAGACAUAUGCAAACAUUUGUUGUUGACCAAGGACGAGCAGAAGCUUUAUCAAUCGUUCGAAGUUUUAGCUAAAAAUGAUAAAUUACGACACUUCAAGCAAAAUAUGAGUCUCUUUUUGCAUCACUUCCUACUCAAGGAGCAAGGCAAUACUCUAAAAUUAAGCGACGAGCAAUUCGAUUUAAUGAAACAAAGAAUUGAGUAUAUUGACAAAUUAUUAGUGUAUGUUGAUUUAUAAUAAGUAAUAUUAGACAAGAGAAGAAAUGAAAAAUUGUAAUGUGUUUCAUUCAUAUUAAUGGU